CCUAAACUUAUACCACAAGAAAUAAUCACGAGGUUAGGCAAAGGACCACCAUGCCUUAAUAACAGCAACGAGCGUAGGACUGAAAUGUUGAGAAUCGUAGUUUGGGGGUUCAAUCGUUAAGAGGUGAAAAAAGGGAUGGCUGAUUUGUACUUUAUCGUUGAGGCAAAUAAGCCUGCAAGUGGAAAAGGCCAUCUGGAGAGUGGAGACCGGCAAUUCUGCACAGCGGCGUGGUGGUUAGCUCUGUGAUUGAAGACGGAAGAGAAAAUCCGAAGGAGAGAGGAGGAAAGCAGACGCCGCAGUAGAAGAAAAAGCCAUGGGAGAUUCUGAGAAAUCGUUUCUGAUCAGGCAGUGGGAUGAGUACAAAGGGUUCUGGGCAGAGAGGUUCUCGUUUCUAGACAACUACUCGAGGUUCGUCAAGCGCGACAAGCCCCUCCCGUCUUGGUCCUCCGAUGACGUCCAAGAGUUCAUCGCUUCUGAUCCCCAUCACGGCCCCACUCUGAAGACUGCUAGAGAAGCAGCAUCCUUUGGUCUGACUGGAAGUCUUCUUGGAGCAGUAUCAACUGCUGCUUUCGCCUGGAAAUACUCAAAGAGCCCACAUGGUGCUGGGCUGUCCUUCAUUGCCGGCGGUGCGUUUGGUUGGACAUUUGGUCACGAAGUCGCUAACCACUGGUACCAGCUUUACAGGAUGGACACUAUGGCCGCACAGGUCAAGUUCUUGGAAUGGUGGGAGAAGAAAUCCGAAGGGCACUCGUAAGAUUUCAGAAGAUCCCGAUCCCCAACAUCCAUCGUUUUCCCCUUCCCCCCCGUGUUUUGAUUUUGAAAGAUCCUGUAACUGUUGAUUGCUCUCUCUUACUGAAGAUGUUAAGGGAACCGGAGAGGCUGUCGCCUUCUCUUUUUCUGGAGUCCUUUCUGUAGGAUUGUUGAAUGAUAACAUUGCAGGCUGUUGCGGGUUGGAUUUCAAUCCGUCGUAACAGUAAUAAUAGUAAUAGUUACAGGUUGGUUUUUUUUUCUCUCGCUGGUGAUGAGAUGGCAAUUUCCUGGGUGGUGUUGAGGGUUUUCAUCAUGCUGUUAUUAUUUACUAUCAAAUUGAAUUUCAAGAAUGUCUUAUUUAUUAUCAACUUCGUUCUAAAAUCUUGUGUUGAGAUCGACUCCUAAAGAAUGAAAUAGAAUUUUAG